AUGUCGCAGGCCGAGACGAUUGAAAACCCCAACGUACACCUCGUCAUACCGCAGUGGUUGAACGAGGCCAAGUUCGAAUCCUUGAUAGCAAAGGAUGAGCCUAAAGCCGGAAGGAUUCUCACGUUUACCCCAGUGGCUGCUGUGCCACCAGGCGGAAACUUUACGUCUGUCAUGAUAAGAGUAUUCUUGGAUUUGGAGCUAAAAGAUGGCAGUCAACAGAGAAAAUCUUAUGUAGUCAAGACCACUCUGGAUGCGGAUAAAGGUGGCAAGGCGAUAAAUGAGUUCCGCUACUUUCACAAAGAGCAGCAAAUGUACUCCACCUACCUGCCUGCGUUUGAAAAACUCUAUCGCGACGCUGGACAUCCCAUCAAACUGGCGCCAAAGUGUCUGGAAAUCGGCGAAAUAGAGGGAAACCUUUACUUUAUUUUUGAGGACCUCGCCAUCCAAGGAUACUUAAGUGCGGAACGAACCAAGGGACUGGACCUGAGUCACAUGAGGCUUUCCCUGCAGAAACUGGCGCAGCUCCAUGCCGCCAGCGUGGUCUACCAGAACCGCCAUGGACCCUACCCUGCUGACUUUGAACAUGGCUUUAUAAAAAAGGACAAUAUUGAGUAUAGUCUGCGUGGAUUUAAUAUCAAAUAUCCGGAGCUACAGGCAGGCAUGAAGUCUUGGGGCUUGGAUGAGAGUUAUCUGAAAAAAGUUCCCACUUCUAAGCAGUAUGGCGCUAUCGGUUUAGAAUCUCUAAACGUCGAUCCCGAAGACUUUAAUGUCCUCACCCAUGGUGACUUUUCUGCGAAUAAUCUUUUGUACAAAUACGAUCUGAAUGGAGACCUACAGAAUGCCUUUCUAUUGGAUUUUCAGCUCUGCAAGUGGGGCAGUCCAGCCCAAGAUCUUUUAUUCCUCCUAACCCUAUCACCCGAGAAAGAGCUGCGCAUCCGAGAGUUUGACAACUUUGUGAGGAUCUACUGGGAGUAUCUCAUCGAGUACCUUGGCAUCCUCAAAUACUUGAAACCGAUGCCCAAGCUGAGAGAUCUCCAUGGCGCCAUCACUAAAAAGAAUAACACCUUUUAUGCAUUUUUCCCUGCGAUAAAUCACCUUCCCACCUGCCUCUUGCCGAGUACCAAGGAAAGUAACCUACACAGUCUCAUGUCCAAGGACGAAGUGGGCAGGAACUUCCGAACCAGAAUGUACACCAACCCCGCCUAUGUGGAGGUUAUUAGAGAGUUGUAUCCAUUUUUCUGCAAUAGAGGGCUCUUCAACUUUGAAGAUUUUGAAGAACAGUAAAGGCCACUGCAUUCUUUAAACGAUUCAACUUAAUAAAUUGUGUGCGAAUAUUGAAACUGGUUUCUUCAAGUUU